CUGUGCAGCUGCCUUCCCGAGGAGAUAAAGUGACUCUGUCCUGGGGGGAAAAGGCUCCCCCUCCCACCCCGAGCCGAAGGAAGGAAACUAGCGUCAUCCUCCAGUCAGCAACAAACCCACCCACCUACCCGUCCGGCAGGGGUACUGGACAGGCUGCCCCGGCCAGCGCCUUGCAGCGGGGAGCGGCCUGGCGCCGGGGGCCCGGGCAGAGGAGCAGGCUGCGGGGCAGAUUCGGGGUGAAACGCUCCCAGGGCCCAGCCUCAGCUCUCACCCCCUGCGGCCCCGCCCUCCCGGUGCCAUGGAAACGCGGCCUAUUGUCCCCAGCGCAGCGGGCCGCCUGGCGCAGCUCGGAGCUCCGCGUGGCCCGUGGCCCACGUCCGGCCGUCCAUGGCCUCGGCCAGGCCCUACUGCCUCCCGCAAGUCCCCGCCUCGAGCCCCGCCCUUUCCUUCCCCUCUUCCUCGGCGGCGGCGGCGGUCCUAACCCGGGCGCGGGCGCGGGCCGAGGCGCAACUGCGCUCCGCGGUAGCCUGCGAGCGGGCCAUGCGCUGGAGCGAGGUUGUUGAACAUUAUACAGCACUCUUGAAAACUUUGAGCAAAGAGGAACUUCCUAAAGACUUUCAGCCUGGUCCUUACUAUUCACAACUGCUGUUUGAAACCUAUUAUCAUUUAGCUGUAGCUUUCCAAAGACAGAAUCACCAUAAGGAAGCAGUGCAAGAGCUUAAUAAAGCAAUAGACGUUGCAUCUAUCCCUAAGAUUGCCUGUCAAGUUGGCUGUGUUUCCAGAACUUUCCUUCAUACACCACUAUUUGCGAGAAGAGCGUAUGCAUAUGUAAAAUGUGGUCUUUUGAAAGAAGCAAUAGAUGAUGCUAACAAGGCCGUCGAGUUAGACCCUUUGAACCCGGAUGUAUAUUGUGUUCGAGCUCUUGUUUGGAACACAGUGAAAGAAAAGAAGAGAGCGCUUUUUGAUUUAAACUGUAGCCAGAAGCUAAAGCCGUCUCAUAUUUCCACUUUGAUCAUAAAGGGAAUUAUUAAAAAUUCUCUUAUGGCAACAGAGGGUACAAAGUCUUUAUUGAAGAAUAAAGAUCAUGAAAAGGCUUAUAAACUGGACAAAACUAGUAAAAAUUUCUUUGAUGUAGAAGAUUUCCAUAGUCCUAAAAUGGAUGAUUUCUAUGAUAGAUACCUGUGGUCCCUCAAUGUUCCUCACACAAUAAUGCAAGUCAACUUGAUGGAUGGAAGUUCAUUCACUUCACAUUUACCAUCUGAUUCAUUUCACAGAGAGAAGAGAAUGGACUUACUUCCGGAGCAGAAAGCUGGGUCCUUUAUCUGUAGCACUCCAACCAGUUAUCUUGACAACAGUGCCUUUGCAAGGAGGACAUCGUAUGGAAAGGCAUUGAAGGAUUCUGGUUUAAAAUUGAAGGCCAACGAGAUUUCAGAGAGGAUUCUAAGAAUUACACGGGCAGCUUCAGAAUGGUCAGAAAGGACGACAUCCAGAAGCCCUGUGAAGAUAGAUUCAAAGACAACAGUAGCAUCAACACUUGGCACCCGUGCAUGUAAGAAGAAGCCAGAGCAAAAGAAAUCCGAAGCCAGCAAGACCAAAUCCAAUAAGAGAAAGCUGCGUUGAAGAUGAUGAAAGGAUCUUAUGUGAACAUGCAGGAUCUUCAGGCUGGAGAAUCCAUCCUCAACAUACAGGAUUCUGAAGACUAUCCACCUUCAAGAUCACCAUCAUUUGCUAUAGUUUUAGAGUUAUCUGCCAAUGAUAGUGUUUCAGUCACUUCAUGUACGUCACAUAGCCACAGUAUAUCACUUGUAGCAAAAAGAAAAAAAACCUUUAUCAUCCAGAAACAACCAUAAAUAAAAUAAGAUAAGAACCAGCAGAUUACAAAAAGCGGUAAUUGAUGAAAAAAUUGCCCGGUUUGUUUAUGCAACAAAAACUCUCCUUUCCGUAUGAUUGAAAACCCACACUUCAUUAACAUGGUUCAGUCAUUAAGGCCAGGAUACAGUCCACCCAAUAGAGCAGAUGUCACAAGAAAAUUGCUGGAUAAAGUGUAUGAAAGAGAAAUUGAGCAGUGUGCAAAAGGUCUAGAGGGUAAAACUGUUAACCUGAGUCUUGAUGGGUGGAGCAAUGUCCACAAUGAUCUUGUUUUAUGUGCUUGUGUGACAACAGAAGAAGGGAAUGUCUUCCUUACGAAACAAUUGAUACAUCAGGAAAUGCCCACAUAGCAGAAUACCUACAAGAAGUAGCAGUAAAAGUUAUAACAAACUGUGAAAAUAAAUUUAAAAUGUCUAGUAUGCAGAUUGGUCACAGACAAUGCUACAAAUGUAUCCAAGAUGAGAAGAAAUUAUUUAGAAGAGAGUCCCAAGCUAACAACAUACAGUUACAGUGGUCAUUUGAUGCACCUCGUAGCCAAAGACUUCAGUGUUCCAGAAAUAAAGGCUAAUGUUGUUGAAAUUGCAAAAUACUUCUGUAACAACCACUUUGCAACAGCUGCUCUGAAAAAUGUGGGUGGAACCAAGCUAACUCUCCCACAAGACAUGCGAUGGAAGUCAGUAGUGGACUGUUUUGAGCCCUAUAUCAAGAACUGGCCUAAUCUGGUGACAGUUUGUGAACAGAAUCGUGAAAGAAUAGAUGGCACUGUCACAGCCAAAGUUCUCAACAUUGGGCUUAAGAGAAAUGUUGAACACAUGCUGAGUACCCUGAAGCCUAUUUCUGUAGCCUUGAACAAAAUGCAGGGAAAUAGCUGUUUUAUUGCUGACGCUGUUGAAACUUGGAAGGAACUGAGUGAGAUCUUAAAAAGAGAAAUAUGCAAUGACAGACAGAGUUUAAUUACAAACAUUAAAAAAACAAAUGGAACAAGCACUAUCUCCAGCUCAUUUUCUUGCAAAUAUUCUCAAUGCUUGGUACCAGGGUCAAACCUUAACUGCCGAAGAAGAGGAGUUGGCUAUGACAUGGACAUCCAGCAAUCAUCCCUCCAUAAUGACAACUAUAAUAAACUUCAGAGCGAAGGGUGAACCAUUCAAGAAAUAUAUGUUUGCUGAUGAUGUUUUAAAGAAAGUGUCACCAGUGAACUGGAGGAAGUCACUUAAGCACUAGGAUUCAGAGACUGUUGAAGUGAUAAUCUCACUUUUAACAGCAGUAGUUUCUUCUGCCGGUGCAGAAAGCUUGUUUUUCUUUUCCAGAUUAUGAACAAACAGGAAAAUGAAGGUGAAGACGACUGAGUUAGCCGCAGCAGCCAAUAUUUUAAGUUUCUCAUGUUGACCUGGCUGCCAUAGUUGAUUUAAUUUGGUGUUGUUUUUUUUUAAUUCAUUUAACUAUUUUAGUUAAAAACAAUGUUAACAAAAAUAAACCUGAUUUUAAAAAACUUGAAUGUUUAACUAAAUUCAAAAAAUUAAUAUGCUUGUUUUGUUAAAAUAUUUUAUGUUGAAGAAAAAAUCCAGAAUACAUAAUGUUGUUUUAUUUAACUAAAACAAUUUAAAUGUCUGGUGAUAUUCUCCUCCUAAUACAGCAUGGCAAGAAAAUCCUCCAAAUAUUAAUCUGUUGAAUAGUUCACCUCUCAAUGACUUCAUAAAUAUCUGCUUCAAUUACCUUUGGUAAAUGAAAUAACCAAUCAUUCAUUUUCUGAUAUAGCUGUAAAACUAAUCUGAAAAGUUUUAAAAAUAAAUCACUUUAAAAUGUAUAGUGUACACCUUCUAAAAAUGAAACCUACAUCUAUCUCUGAGUUGUGAAGAAUAUGUAUUAAGGUUAUAACAACCAACAAGAAUGUGCUUUUAUGUAGAAAUCCAUGAUUAUAUCGAGCCUUCCUGACUAGUGAUUUAAAUAAUGAUUUAAAUCAAAUCCACCCUGGGCCGAGGCCAUGGUGCGAGCCAUGGAGUCUGCUGUGUCCGAGGCUGCUUGGAGGGCCGCUGUCACUGCAGCAGUGCCCUCCUUGAGGAUCACCAGGAAUUCCUUCCUGGACCCUUUGGGCACCGAGAGCUCGAAUUUGGCCAUAGACUGCUACAUAUUGUAGUCAUAGCAGCCAAGGAGGGUUUGGCAGUUGGCCACUCCCAACUGAAGGCUUGAAGAUGAAUAAACUAUUCACCCAAACAGA